AUGGGUGCAUCCGAUUCAAAACUCUCCUUCAAGCAAGGCGUCUUUCGCCUGUCUGAGCCCAAGCAGAUCCCCGCCGACGACGCUUAUUGGACUGGCUUCUGGGAGCUGCCCGAGUCGACUGAGGAUGUCUUCUCGCUCUUCUCGCCCGCAGACAUUCGCCGCACCCGCGACAACAACCUCGCUAAUCUCGAGACGCUCAUCCUCGCCGUUACCUCACGCCUCAUAGUCCUGCGCAACCACCCCUCUUUCCCCGACCCUGAGCUAGCGCCCGAGCGCGAUGCCCUCAACUGCAUAAGGGUCCUGACGCGACUGCUGCCCUUUCUGUAUGAGGCCGACCAUCUCGAGACUUGGGAGGACCACUUUUUCUGGGCUGCGCGGCGGAAGCGCAGUCGGCGGGGCCAGCUGGUGCGAAGCGAGGUCAUCUUCGAUGAGGCCGACCCAGAGCAGACGCCCACAGAGAAGGAGCCCGAGUUCGAGAAAGCCAAGCCGCUGGCCGAGGAGAUUAUCGACACGCUGAUUGACCUUCUCUUCUUCUCCGAAUUCACUCUUCCCAAGGUCACAGCAGGCAAGAACAAGGUCACGUAUGCGAUAUGGCAGAGUGGCGUAGGUUGCAACACGCCUGUCGCCUCCACCAAGGAGUUUGAGAGCAACCGGACCGAGAUCCUGCGCCUGCUGCUUACUUUGGCAAGCAAGUCCAUGUACAUGUCUGCGGGUGUGCUUCCAGUCAAGGGCGUCAAGGCCAUUACAUAUAUUGCGACGUGUCCGGACAAACAGGUUGUCCUGUCCGUUCUCUGCUCCCUCCUGAAUACUACUCUCAAAUACAACCCCGCCACAUGGCGCGUGCCAUAUGACCACGUCGUCUUCAAGGACCAGAGACAGGUCCUGGUCACCUAUUGCCUACAAUUACUCUUGGUACUGAUCCUGUACCCCAUACCUGAGUCUGGCAACGGUCCGGCACCCAAGAAUUUCUUCCGCCAUUUCCUUGGCCGUCUGCACCGUCCUCAAGACUUCCAAUUCCUGGUCGACGGUAUGACAAGGAUACUGAAUCAGCCACUCCAAGCCAACACCUCCUACCUUCCCGGCAGCCACAAGUCACUCACAUGGGCACCCGAGAUGAUCAUGCUCUUUUGGGAGGCUCUGCAGUGCAACAAGCGUUUCCGUUCCUUCAUCAUUGAUACUGACAGAGCCCAUGAUUUCGUCGUGCUGGUGCUUUACUACGCCAUCGACCAGCGCAACGACCCAUCAAAGCAGGGUCUUGUGCGUAUGUGCAUCUUCGUACUCCAGACAUUGAGCGUUGAGCCGCAAUUUGGCAAGAGCCUCAAUAAGACAUUUGAGGGACAGGAGUCGCUUCCGGCUAGCAUACGGAUACCCAAUUUCCACGGUACCUACGCCGACUACGUCAUCACGUCCAUUUAUACCCUACUCACAACUGGCAAAGGCAGAUUAGACGCCAUUUAUCCUGCGUUACUCGCAAUCCUCAACAACAUUGCGGCCCAUGUCCAGAACAUCGGGCGCGCCUCGAGCUCUAAACUGCUCCAACUGUUUGCUUCCAUGUCAUCUCCUAGUUUCCUUUUUGCCAACGAGAACAAUCACACUCUUCUGCAUUCACUACUAGAGGUUCUCAACGCCAUGAUUGAACAUCAAUACCAACACAAUCCCAACCUGGUGUACGCUAUCGUACGAUCACGGAAGAGGUUCCAGGCGCUAAGAGAUUUCACCUUGGAAAGCGGACAAGAAGAGAUCGAGCGGCAGAGUCAGCAACGUAAGGAGGGCGGCGAAGAUCUCACUCGCACCAGCUCUAUCGAUAGCCUCCGAAGUCCUACAGUAGCCCGGACACCUACCUUGGGGAACGUACCAGAAGAGGACAGUGCUUUCGCUAUUGGCGAUGACGAUGACGACUCGGACGCGGAAGAUGCACGUCCCUCAGAACCAUCAAGGUCUCCCGUACCGUCGCAGUCGGGCGCUUCCAGAAGCGCGUCGAUAGCAUCAUCUGUGGAAGACUCUGUACCGUCCCAGGUAAGAGGUAUGUCAGAGAAAGCAAGAGGCAAGAUGCCAGUAGGCCAGCCUGCUUUCUCCCGGCAGAACAGCAUGACCAGUCUACAUAGCGCUGCCGGUCCGGCCUUGGCUACCAAUGAGUUCUUCACACCAUCUGUCCCAUGGCUGGAAGGAUGGCUUUCAGAGCUACCGCUACAUACCAUUCUUAUGCUGAUCUCGGAGCUCGGUCCCAAGAUGCCUAACUCAGGCAGCUCCAACGACACGGCAGAAGCAUUGAAAACUAUUCGCGAGAUUGAGAUACGCGGAAUUGAACCUUCGCCUAUCAGGGUGCAUCUCUUUGAAUGGUCAGCCUUAUCUUUGGGCUGGUACGAGUCGCUACUCUGGGGAUUUGUUUUCGCGGCCGAGAUGCUUGUAGCCAAGGGUACUGCCGGAGUUUGGAACAACACUAGCAUAAGAUUGUUCAGGGUUCAAGAAGUUGGGGCCACGGCUCCUUCACUACUACAGCCAAGAGGGGCUGUAGAUGCGGUAGGGAGCAAUCUUGUGCAGCGAAUUGGCUCCCUCAACUUGCGCGGUGUCACAAAUCAAGCUGCGCAACGCUCCCCAGCGAGCAGCGGUAAUGCCGGCGCCAACACUGUAUCUGCCAAGUACCUUGAGCUUACGAAGAAAAAACUUGAGUUGACGCGUUUACCGCGUGAACUUGAGUUACCGAAUGAGAAGAGAUGGGGGCAAGGUACACCGAAGAGUGUGCUUGAACCACUUUUAGACUUCUGGCUAGAAGGCUAUGACUGGCGCGCCGCCGAGUCCCGCUUCAAUUCCACCUUGCCCCAAUACCGCACGACCAUCACUGUGCCCUCUGUGGCCUCUCCUACCACUACCAAAUCGCUACGCAUACACUUUGUACACAAGCGAUCCAAGCACCCCAACGCCAUCCCUUUACUUCUCUGCCAUACAUGGCCUUCUUCGUUCAUAGAGGUUCAACGCGUCAUUAACGGAUUGACAGAUCCGCACGGUCUAUCAGGGUACGGCGAUAGCACACAACAGGCUUUUCAUGUCGUCGCGCCGAGCAUACCGGGGUUCGGAUUUAGCGAUGCCAGUAUGGAAGAAGAAUUUGGGUUGCACAGAACGGCGGAAGUAUUUCAGAAGUUGAUGGGAAGGCUGGGGUAUGCGCAAUUUGUUGCGCAUGGAACGGGAUGGGGCUUUGGCAUCUGUCGUGCAUUGGCGCUGAGACAUUCAAAAAGUUGUUUGGCAGUGCACACAGCUAAUCCGUCGUUUGACAAGCCAAAGUUGAAGAGUGGAGCCAUGCGGUAUUUCAAGUACCGUGUUGCUAAGUUGACAAAGGCAAAAGUGCCGUUGCUGAGCUUUGGUUACAUGCCUAGUGAAGUGCAGGCUCCAUCACAGAGUAUGGCCGGAAAACACCUCGCCAUACAGGACGGGAUGUAUGACGGUGAGCCACUAGGGCCUAUACUGCAUCGGCUCUACUCCCUCCGGCCGCAGACACUGGCUUUCUCUUUGUGCGAUUCACCAGUUGGGUUGCUAGCCGCUCUGCUGGAUGUCAUUCAUACGAGGGAUCUGCCACAGCGUCCGCUCUCGUCGUCCCGAUCGAGGAGUCCGUUCCUCUCGCCUGUUGAGCUGGAGAUGCAGGGUGGCGACGAAGAGCAAGAAGAACAGGACGAGUUACGUUCAACAUCUACGGAGCGACCAGGGGAUACGACGAGCCCGGGAAGAGCUGAAGGCGAUGGGAGAAGUUAUACCUGGAGUCCGACGGAGGUACUGAACUUUACAAUGUUGCAGUGGUUGCCUGGGCCUGAAGCGGCUCUCCGCUGGCUCCGCCGCGCACACAUGGACAUGCAAUCCCCCUCAUACCAAACCUUCACAGAUACUCCCCUGGGCAUCUCCACUUUCCUCCCUGCCAACAGCAGUAACGCGACACCGCUCAUGUGGGGUGCAAGCUCUUGGGACAUAUUCUGGGUGAAGCGUCAUGCCGGUCGCCCUGCAACGUUACCAGGCUUCGAAGCCCCGGAUGCGCUAGUGCUAGAUCUGAGGGAGUGUUUCGCAACGAUGAUGGAGAGAGGGAAGGUGAAGUUGGAGAUGCCUGUUAGGGAAAGUUAG